AUCGCGGGCCCUGGCGCCUCCACGCAGCGCUGCGCAGCACGACCACCCGCAUCCGCCUCGCAUCUCCACCCGCUCGCCGGCGCAGCAUGUCCGCCGUGCUCGAGCCGCCGCCGCCGCGCCCGCCGGGCCGCUGCAGCAUGCGUGGCGCGUGCGGCAAGCUGUCCUUCUUCGGCGCCGAGCUGCCGUGUCCCGUCGACGUGCCGGCCGAGCAGCCUGACGCCAAGACGCGCGACCUGCUCGUCUCCGUCUGCGGCGCCGACUUUGCCGAGGGUCCCGUGUGCUGCACGGGCGCCCAGGUCGAGAGUCUCAAGGCCAAUCUGGACCAGGCAGAGGCGCUGAUCUCGUCGUGCCCGGCGUGCCGCAACAACUUCCGUGCGCUCUUCUGCUCUUUCACCUGCUCGGGCGACCAGGCGCAGUUUCUCGACGUCUCGGCCACGCAGAAGACGCUCGGCGGCGAGGACGGCAAAGUCGCCGUCAAGAGCGUCGAGUACUACGUCGCCGACGACUUCCGCACCGCCUUCUACGACAGCUGCAAGGAUGUCAAGUUCGGCGCCAGCAACGGCUUUGCCAUGGACCUCAUCGGCGGCGGCGCCAAGGAGCCGGAUGCCUUUCUCAAGUUCCUCGGCGACGAGAAGCCGCUCGUGGGCAGCCCGUUCCAGAUCAACUUCCCGCACGCACCUGCGGCGCCGAGCAGCAGCAGUGCAGGUGACGGCGGCGCAGCGCGGCAGAUGAUGUGGCAGUCUGCGGAUGCGCUGCUGAAGGGCAACACCACCAAAGGGCCGCCGCUGCCGCCGGUCACGCCCCCUCGCGCGUGCUACGACGACUCGCUGUUGUCGCGCUGCGCCUGCACCGACUGUCCGCAGGUAUGUGCCGUGCUGCCGCCGCUUGCAGCGCCCGUUCACGGCGACACGUGUCGCAUCGGGCGUCUGUCGUGCUUCAGCUUCGUGGCCAUGCUGCUCUACAUGCUUGCCGUGCUCGGCCUGCUGGUCGGCUACAGCGCGACGCGUGGCGUGCGUGCACGGCGGCAGAAGCGCCUCGGUAUUCGGCAUCGGCACAGCGGCAUCAGCGUGGCGAGCGAGAGCAGCGGCUUCGAGCGCGUGCGUCUCGACUCCGACGAGAUUGACAGCGCGCCUGGCCGCCGCACGACCAGCGACUCCAGCGCGCCGUCUAGCCUGAGUGCGGGCAGCGGGCAUCGCGGGCUCGUCGGUGCUACUGGGCUGGGCCACGGCGACGCGGAGGAUGAGAGCAGCUCCUCCUUGGGCGCACGGGCGCCGCGCUCUGCCGGUCUUGGUCUCGGCGGGCUCGGCGCUUUCGAUGCGCUCGGCACGACGCAGCCGCGGUCGUACGCGCUCAACGUCGCCCUCACGCGCGCGUUCUACAAGAUCGGUCUCGUGUGCGCGCGCUCUCCGUUCCUGACCUUCGCCGCCGCUGCCGUCUUCGUGGGCCUGUCAAACAUCGGCUGGCGGCACUUCGAGGUCGAGACGGACCCUGUGCGCCUGUGGGUGGCGCCUGCGUCUGCCAGCCGCGCGCGCAAGGAGUACUUCGACGAGCACUUCGGGCCCUUCUACCGCACGCAGCAGAUCUUCAUGAUGGAUGCUAGCGGCGCCGAACGAGCGAACCUGCACCACCACGACGAGAAGUCGCUCGAGGCCGCCAACGCCGCGCUCAACUGGGACCGCCUGCAGUGGUGGGCUGAUGUGGAGGCGGCCGUGCGCGAAGUCCGCAGCGAGUCGGGCCUCUCUCUGCAGGACGUGUGUUUCUCGCCGAGCGGGCCGGGCGGGCCCUGCGUCACGCAGAGCAUCCUCGGCUACUUCCAGGAUGAUCUCGAGGGCUCCGGGGUGACCGCCGACAACUGGCGGAAGCGCCUCGACGGCUGCGCGUCCUCGCCUGCGGAGUGCCUGCCGACGUUCCAGCAGCCGUUGAAGUCCAACAUCAUCCUCGGCGGCAUUCCAAACGUCGUGCGUGAGCCGGUGCCCGGCGGAGACCGCAUUCGCGAGCGCAAGGGACGCGCGAGCGAUGCGCGUGCAGUCGUGACGACGUUCGUCGUGAACAACUCGCUGGACGCCGCAGAGCGCGAGCGCGCAAUGGAGUGGGAGCGCGCGCUCGAAGAGUUGCUCUUCUCCGUCGCAGGCGUCAACGACGCCCCGGCGCACCCGCUCGGCGAGCGUCGCAAGGAGCUCGGCAUCGAGCUGGCACUGAGCACCGAGAGCAGCCUGCAGCAGGAGCUCGGCAGCUCGAGCAACACCGACAUCGGCGUCGUCAUUGCCUCGUACCUGCUCAUGUUCCUCUACGCCGCGCUGACCCUGGGCGGCAGCCCCUCGGGUGGUGUCGCGCGCGGCAUCGGCCGGGACGCACGGGCGGCACGCGCACGCUCGGCAGCAGCAGCGCCUGAUGGCGCCUCGCACCGCACGGGCCUGGCUGGCCGCGUGCUGUCGUUCCUGCCCUCUCGAAGCGGAGCCGCGAGCGGGCUGCGCGGUCUCAAUCUCGGCGGCCGCGUGGCGCGUCGCGUUUUCGUCGAGAGCAAGUUCACGCUGGGCCUCUUUGGCAUCCUCGUCGUGCUGGCCUCGGUCUCGUCGGCUGUCGGACUGUUCAGCGCCGCCGGCGUCAAGGUCACGCUGAUCAUCGGCGAGGUGCUGCCGUUCCUGCUGCUGGCCGUCGGCGUCGACAACAUCUUCAUCCUCUCCAACGAGAUGGACCGGCAGAACGCUCUGGCCAGCACGCUCAACCCGUACGCGAAUGCAAGCAUCGGCCGCGGCAGUGCCGACGCGGUUGCAGCAGCUGCUCGCGGGCCGGGUAUUGCCUGGGACGAUGCAGCGUCUGACGACAGCGACGCCGACAUCUACGGCGGGCAUGCGGGCCCGAUGAACGGCGGCACGCCGCCUGCCGCGUACCACACCUCAUCGGCAGAGCGAGCUGCUCGCGCCCUGUCGCGCAUGGGUCCGUCGAUCCUGCUCAGCGCCACGACGCAGGUGACGGCCUUCCUGCUCGGCGCCGUGGUGCCCAUGCCGGCUGUGCGCAACUUCGCCCUGUACGCCGCAGGCAGUAUGGCCAUCGCGGCCGUGCUGCAGUGCACCGUCUUUGUCGCCGCCAUGGCUCUUGAUGCCGACCGCACCGAGGCAGGACGUGUGGACUGCGCGCCGUGCCUGCGUCUGCCGGGUUCUCGCAACAGCGCAGCGGACUAUGCCUCUCUCGGCGGCGCUGCAGUCGGCGCAUUCUCGAGCGAGGGCAGCAUUGGCCGCUUCAUCCGUCGCCACUACGCGCCCGCGCUCAUCAAGCCGGCGGCCAAGCGCGGCGUGCUGAUCGCCUUCGCCGGCCUGGCCGUGCUGGGCGUGAUUGGCUCGCGGCACCUCGAGAUGGGUCUGGACCAGCGGCUGGCCCUGCCGCCCUCCUCGUACCUGCGCACCUACUUUAACGCCCUCGACACCUACCUCGACGUCGGACCGCCCGUGUACUUCGUGGCGCGGCACGUUGAUGCUGCGCAACGCGUUGGCCAGCAGGCGCUAUGCGGUCGCUUCACGACGUGCAAGCCGCUGUCGCUCGCCAACACCCUCGAGGGCGAGCGCGGCCGGCCGGAGGUCAGCUUCCUCGCCGAGCCGGCCAGCAGCUGGCUCGACGACUUCUUCGGCUGGACAAACCCGGUGCUCGAGAGCUGCUGCCGCGUGCGUCGUCGUGACCCGACGCAGUUCUGCACGCCGCGCGAGAGUGACAUGGCGUGCAAGCCGUGCUUCGAGGAUCGCGAGCCGCCGUGGAACAUCACGCUCUCCGGCAUGCCCGAGGGCGCCGAGUUCGAGCGCUACCUGCGGCAGUGGCUCAAGAGCCCUACGGACGCGGACUGCCCGCUCGGUGGCCAGGCGGCGUACUCGUCAGCCCUCAGCCUUGCGCCCGAGUCGCCGGAGACGGCGCUGCAGGCGCUGCUGGCCGGUGAGGAGGAGCCGCACGGCAUGGUGAUCGCCUCGCACUUCCGCACGUACCACACGCCGCUGCGCUCGCAGGCCGACUUCAUCGAUGCCCUACGCGCUGCCGAGCGUAUCACUGCCGACAUCAACACGCGCAACGCCGACAGCGGCGUGGAAGUGUUCGCGUACAGCGUCUUCUACGUCUUCUUCGACCAGUACCUGUACCUGCCGCUGCUUGCGCUGCAGGUGCUGGGCGGCGCCGCGCUCGCCAUCUUUGGCAUCACGACGCUGAUGCUCGGCAGCUGGCGCACGGGCGCCGUCGUCACGGGCUGCGUCGCGUCGGCGCUGCUGGGCGUAGCGGGCGCGAUGGGCGCCUGGGGCAUCGGCCUCAAUGCGCUGACGCUCGUCAACCUCUCCGUCUGUGCGGCCAUCUGCGUCGAGUUCUGCAGCCACUGCGCUCGCGCGUUCUCGAGGGCGCCCGGCGCACUGCCGCGCUCGCACCCCAUGGCGCAGCGCGAGCGCGACGAGCGGGCCUGGGCGGCGCUGGUGGAUGUCGGCAGCUCGGUCCUGCGCGGCAUCACCGGCACAAAGCUUGUCGGCAUCAGCGUGCUGGCGUUCACCAAGUCGGAGCUGCUGCGGCUGUACUACGCCAAGAUGUGGGCGGCGCUCAUCGUGCUCGGCGCCGCACACGGCCUCAUUCUGCUGCCUGUGGCGCUCUCUCUCUGGGGCGGUUCUGGCUACGCGGACGGCGAGUCCGAAGCGGAGAUUGCCCGCCGCCUGGCACGCGCACGCGAGAACGAGUACCUGCCCUUCGCGGCAGCCGGCGAGGACGACGACGACGAGGGCAGCCUAGACGCCGGGUCGGAUGUACGCAGCGACGAGGGCCGCCUUGCAUAGCGACGGGCCCGCUCCAAUGACACGCGUGGACUCGGAGAGUGCGCGCGCUGAGACACGCAGAGCCGGACGGCGCAGCAUGACAGCGAUGGCAUUGCCCUCGCUCCUUCCCCUCAUAAGACGUAGCCUCAUGCCCGCCCUUCUGCGGCCGCGCGAGCCUUCAUCUUGAGCAGCUCGCCGUCCAGCUGGGUGACAGAGUCAGCGUGUGCUGCAUGAGCGCGGCCUGGCAGCCAAACUCACCACCUUGCACACGCGCUGCCAGCUCCGCGCCUUGCCCACGGCUCCCUGCGGCAGCGGCUUGCCGCCCAUCGCCUUGGCGUCGGGCGUCUCGCCGUCGGCCAGCGCCGAGAGCACGCUCCGCGGGAUGUCGGGCACGUUGGUGGACGCUGAUGUGUAUGGCGGGGACUAGAAGCAGAGCAUCAGCGAUGGUGCGGCUGCUGCC